ACAGACCCAGUCACAUACACUAUCAGACAGCAGACGCACACACACACACACACACACACACACACACACACACACACACACACACACACACACACACGGAACAGUGAGGAUGAAACCCCACAGGACUUCAGCAGAGUGUUCACUGUAGUGUUUCUCUCAGUGAUGCAGCACUGCAGGAGAGACGGUGAUGAUGGAGACACCAAAAACCUCCAGAGCUAACAGCACUCCUCUAACUGUACCCAUGAGGAUGCAUGUGAUCCAGGUGGACUCAGUGCAGCGUUGGAUGGAGGAUCUGCGUCACAUGACCGAGGUGGAGUGUAUGUGUGUGCUGCAGUCCAAGCCUCUGGGCGUGGACGAGGACACUGCAGGUGAGCUCAUCAUCCCUGGCGUAGGUGUGGCUGGUGAUCAUGUGACACGAGACAACCUGCAGACUCUCCUGAAGAGGGCCCUGGUUGUCAGCACUGAGCUGGGCAAGAUGUUUCAGCGUUUAGAGAAAGGACGGUGGCAGCGUGUCCAUGGAACCGCAGUCAGAGCCAACUGCCACGUCCGCUCGCUGGUGCACGAGUGCAGCACCCACAGAACCAACGACACACACAUGCAGAAGUAUGAGGCCACUCUGCUGGAGAAGUGCAUGGAGCUCACCGUCAUCACUGAGAGGUGUCUCCACACAGAUGAUGAAUAUUUCCUCAAGUCCAUGAAGGAGGCCAUUCAUGAGAUCCUCACAGAUGUCAGUGAUUCAUUCAGCCAAAUGAUUGACAUGGCCUUAGCCAACGAAAUACAAAUGUCUGGACAAAAAAGUGCACCGAAAAGUGUGGUUUGGAAGCACUUUACAGAACAACCACCAGGAACUGCACUGUGCAGAGAAUGCAACAGCACUGUGAAACUUGUCUCUGAAACAUCAAAAACAAAAAAUAUCUCAAACACAUCGUCUCAUCUAAAAGUUCAUCAUGCCAAUCUCUAUCAGGCCACACAGGCAAAACAAAAGAUGACAUCCUCCACUUCUAAAACUGCCGUUCAGCCCACUCUUGUACAGGUGUAUGACCAUCAACUAAAGUGGAAGGAUACAGAAAAGAGGUCAAAGAAUCUUGACAAGGUCCUGAUCAGGCAGGUUGAGGAGUCAGAUGAUGUGUUCCUCAUGGAGAACGCAAUCAGUAACCUGCUGUCACUCACUCAGGAUGGACCACAGCUCUGCAGCAUCAUCGCCAAAGAAGGUGCAGUCGUAGCUCUGUUGAAGAUCUGUAGGCAGGACUGUUUCAGCUCUUUAUAUGCUCCUGCACUCAGGACCGUCGCCUCCAUCUGCUGCGUGGAAGAGGGAAUCAACCAACUGGAGAAAGUGGAUGGUGUACUGUGUUUGGCUGAUAUUCUGACUGAUGAAGGUUGUACAGAAGCAGCUCGAGCUGAGGCAGCCGCCGUUGUGGCUCAGAUCACGUCCCCUCACCAUUCCAGCACACACCACCUGUCUAGCUUCAUUGAGAGCAUGCAGGACAUUGUCUCCGCCCUCAUCAAGUUGUGUGAGACUGCGUCGUGUGGUGAGGUGUUCCUCUUGUCCUCAGCUGCUCUGGCAAACAUCACGUUCUUUGACAGUUUGGCAUGUGAGAUCCUACUGCAGCUGAAUGCAGUGCACACCCUCCUCCAGGCCUGCAGGGACCGCCAGCGAGUCGACACACCUUAUUCUAAAGACCAGGUUGUAACAAUUUUGGCCAAUUUGUCUGUUUUGGAGCAAACAGCAUCGGAGGUCUUACAGGAGGAUGGAUUGGAGCGUCUGCUGGUGCUGCUCGGAGAGAAACCUUCUUCCUCCAGUCCAUCGGAGGGUGCUGCGUGUGAGCGAGUGCAGCAGAAAGCUGCAGUGACACUCGCACGGUUAAGCCGAGAUCCUGAGGUUGCUCAGGCUGCCAUCAAGCUGCGAGCUGUGCCACGUCUCAUUGAGCUGUGUCGAUCUCCAGCUGAGAGAAACAGCAGUGACUCUGUUUUGGUGGCCUGUUUGGCUGCUCUCAGGCGAUUGGCUGCUGGAUGUUCUGACAGUAUCGACCCAACGGAUCAUCAGCAGCUCAUUAAGCCACGUCUCGUAGACUCAUUCCUGCUAUGUUCCAACAUGGAAGAGAGUUUUGUCUAAAGCUGCUUCCUUCUCUCUCUCUCUCUCUCUCUCUCUCUCUCUCUCUCUCUCUCUCUCUCUCACACACACACACACACACACACACACACACACACACACACACACACAAACAAAAUUUGCUGGACUGGGUUAAAGUGUCAGCUUGUGUUAAAAGACCAUACAGAGUUUAUUUUAUUUAGCUGACAAACUAGAGUGCAAAUGUUAAUGCGAACAGAACAGUCUUUUCAGUGAAUGAAAUGUUAAUAAGUUGGGAACUGGAACACCAAGUACACACAGAAAACUACCAGAACCAGCAUCAGAAAAAGAACUAGAACCCGAGAACAAGAACCAACAGUACCACUAGAACUGAACACAAACUGCACGAAGAACCGGAAUCCAAACGAGAACAGAGCGAAGGUUAGAAUUAGAGCAACAAGAAGCAGAAUAAGUAACAGAACAUAAUGGAUCCAAAGCCAGAACUAGAAAUAGAGCAGAACCAUACCCCAAAACAAGAACUAUAAAGAGAACCAGGCUUUAGUGUUGGGAGUGUGAGCGAGACGCCUGUGGAGCAGAACCCCGUGUGUAAAUGCCACUGAAUGGGAUUCAACACACUGUACGCUCAGAGCUCUGUCAUGAUGGAAAUAUUUAACUUAAAAAAAAUAAAAAAAGGUUUUAAUUUUUUUUUCAAUUUUUAAAGUUUUUAUACACAUUAUUUGUAAUAUUUCUAGCAUUCGUAAAUGUUCAUAAUGUUGAUGUAAAUUAACAAACUUCAUAAGAUUUUAGAGAAAUAAAUUG